UUGGAUGCUGGUGUUCACCGCAGCGUUCAUUGGUACGGCGGCUCAUUUAUUCAAAGUAUGGGAUACGUAUAGAAACAAUUUAACGAGAACUACCAUCAUUAGCACAUAUUUCAAGUAUACCAAUGUGGCGUACCCAUCGGUCACCGUGUGCGAUUCUAGUCGUGUGGAUUGGUCCAGAGUGGAUAAAUUAAAUCUAAGCGAUUUCCUAGACAGAUCUGCGGACAAGAAUCAAUCAAUGCUGAUGUCAGACUUUAAAAUCUUGCUGGCUGCUCUAUCAACAGCACAGUUCGGUGCUCCUAAAGAUUUAAAUCACGUAAAAAACGUUUACAGCUUGAGAUCGCUAAACGAGGUUCACAUCAGUCGAUUAUUACGACAGGUGGUCAGGCGUUGCGAACAAGUCUUCGAGACGAGAUGUUGGUGGCGUACGAGUUGGUAUCGUUGCUGCGACUUAUUUGAAUUGCAAAAAACCGGUUAUGGAUAUUGUUACAGUUUUAAUUCAGAUAUAUCGGAAAAAAGUAAAUUGCUGUCUCUAAAUUACGGCUUAGACGGUGAUAAACGACCCGGCUGGACAGACUGGCACGGUCAAAUGAGACCCAGAAGAACAGCCGGACACGGUCCCUGGUCCGGCUUACGAUUCGUAGUCCGAGCUCAACCAUUACCAUCUUACGUUAACGCCAAAUCCGGCGUAGUCGUCAUCGUAGGUGAUCCCAGUGGUUUCCCUUUUGAAAACGACGUGUUCGUGGGCAGUGGUAAAAUCGGUCAUAUUGGAGUUCGAGGUGACGCCGUAUUCACUACAGAUAGACUACAAAGGUUACCCAUAUCUAAGAGAAGAUGUCUAUUCCCAGAUGAAGGCAGAACGCUGUUCAGAGGGUACUUGAGGCAGAACUGCAUUGCUAAUUGUUACAGGAAAUUUGUGCAGGCUAAUUGCAAGUGCUCUCUGGAUUUCAUCUAUUAUCAGAUACCUUACAAUAGUAGUAGCAAACUUUCUCCCUGUAAGAUGAAACAUCUCACGUGCCUGGCUGAGUACAAUUAUGCGUUCAUAAAUCACCUAAGUGAAGAGAGCAUCAACAACGAAUCCGAAAUGGGAUCUUUUUGCAAAUGUCCUGAUGACUGCGUGAAUCAAAAAUACAUCGCUAAAUUAUUCACUAAAAAUGGGGAGGCUUCGAAUAAAGUAAUUUGCGAUGUACAUUUCGAGAGAUCCUUCUGUUCAUUGUACAGAACUGAUAUAUCUUUUGAUUACAUGGAUGCUCUAGUAUCAUAUGGAGGUAUUUUUGGCCUAUUUCUGGGCGCAUCUCUCCUGAGCAUGGUCGAAAUAAUUUUCCAUAUUGUGAGAAAAAUUCUAUCCUACAUACCUAGAAAAAAGAAGGAAAAAAGCAACACCGUUUCCAGCAAUAAUAUAGCCGUAUUUUUCAAGAGAGAAUUUCCGUUUUAUUAUAAUGGUGCUGACAAUUACGAAUAA